GCACCGUGCACGCGCCUCUCCAUGCGGUUUGAAUAAAGAAGGAAAAAAGCAGGGGGAAAUCAGCUGAUGAUAAAAAAAAGAUGUUCCUAGAGCGGAGAAAAGAGACCGCAUUGAUUCCCUCAUCUGAGCCCGGUUCCAGUGUCCGGGUGGGUCCGGUUCUCCGCUCAGCUCCUCCGCUCUUUGUCAGGUUCACACACGGAGAGACCCGGCCGGGUUUGUGGGUUUUUCUCUGAAUGAAGCGGCUCUAUACCGAAUAAAGACUCGGCGGUUUUAACACGCUAAUGACCCGGGUCUGUUUUAAUUUGUCGGUUUUUUUUGCGGAAUUUGCGCUGUUCGGGGUUAUUUCCUGCUGGAUUGGAUCACCUUUGUUUGAAGCAAGAAGCGGCUGAUGCUGCGGUGCACGAUGAAGUCACACUGACGGAGGAAGCAGGUCUUUAAUCAGGCUACGGUUUUUAUCAGCCUGUUAGUGCGGAUUUAUCUUCAUGGGACUGUGGGAGUGUGAAGCGGAAACAGUCGGCUACUGAUGGGAUUCUUUGUCCUUUUUACACAGUGGAGUUUUAAAUUAAUAUUUUUUUUAUUAUUGAUCAUAUAGCUUAAUAGGUCUUCGCCUGCUUCCCUCCGUCUUUUGUGUGGAAUUGAUCUGUCAGUCCCGGACCUCUGUUAGACUGUUCUGGUCCUGGCCCGGGUGGUUCCGGUGUGUCCCGGGUUAAGCAGCACUAUGCCGGAGUGCGUGUCGGUAUCCGAGUUCUUGCAGGAGGUUCAGGAGGACUGGAGCUCCCCCACCACCUCCUCCUUCACCUCCAAGAUGAUCAACUGCAGGAACACCAUCUACCUGCUGGAGGAGGUUUUGGACAGUGACCGGUUGGUGUUGCAGAAGAUGAAGAAAGCUGCUAAAGCCAAAUACACAUCAGGACAAGACCACGUGUCUCACCUGGAGCAGUACAUUAAUUCGAUGGAGAAGCUGUCGGUCAACUGUCACUCAAACGGAGAGACCGAGGUCGGCUCUGCCUUCUGUCGAUUGGCCGACUUUUCUAAAGAGCUCCUCUCUCCCAUGAAGAACCUGCUAAAGAGUAUGCUCCACAACAUCAACUUCUUCCUGGACUCUCUGGUUAAAGGAGACCUGAGGGAGGUGAAGGGGGAUCUGAAGAAGCCUUUUGACAAAGCAUGGAGGGACUAUGAGAGCAGAUUUAAACAGGUGGAGAAGGAGAAGAGGGAGUUAGCUCGUCAGUAUGGGAUGGUGAGGACCGAGGUCAGCGGAGGAGAGAUUGCAGAGGAGCUGGAGAAGGAGAGACGCUCCUUCCAACUGAGCAUGUGUGAGUAUCUGAUUAAGGUCAACGAGAUAAAGACCAAGAGAGGCGUUGACCUUCUGCAGAACCUCAUCAAACACUACCACAGCCACAACAAUUUCCUGCAGGAGUGUGUUUCCACCACUCAGAGGUUGAAGCAGUACAUGGAGGAGCUGAAUGGAGUCCUGAACACGGUGAAGCAGCGUCAGGAGGAGGAGAAGAAGCAGCUGGUGACUCUCAGAGAUCAGCUGAGGCCAGUGGUUCACACAGAGCAGGACUCUUUACCUAAGCAGGUUUACAGUAUGCAUCAGCUGCUGGGAGACAAACAGUAUGGGACAGAAAGAACAGGAUUCCUCUACAAGAAGAGUGACGGGUUGAGGAAAAUGUGGCAGAAAAGGAAAUGUUCAGUUCACAACUGUUACCUGACCAUCGCACACGCUACUCCUAAUAAACCUCCUACCAGACUCAACCUGCUCACCUGUCAGGUUAAACCCAGUGUGGAGGACAAGAAAUGCUUCGACCUCAUCUCUCAUAAUCGGACCUACCACUUCCUGGCAGAGGAUGAAGCAGAGUGUGUGGCCUGGAUCUCGGUGCUCAGUAACAGUAAGCAGGAAGCUCUGAGUGUGGCUCUGGACGGGGGGAGGACAGGGGGAGGCUGCGGGGAGAGCAGCGUGGAGGAUCUGACCCGGGCCAUCACUGAUGACGUCAGGCGGAUGCCAGGAAACAACUGCUGCUGUGACUGCGGAGCACCAGAUCCUGGAUGGAUCUCGACCAAUCUGGGUAUCCUUACCUGUAUCGAGUGUUCGGGGAUCCACAGGGAGAUGGGGGUCCACGUUUCCAGGAUUCAGUCUCUGAGUCUGGACAGUCUGGGGACUUCAGACCUGCUGUUGGCAAGGAAUGUUGGUAACUCUGGUUUUAAUGAAAUACUGGAGGCCAACCUGCUGAGUCCAUCACUGAAGCCCUCCCAACAUAGCCACAUGGGAGAACGUAAAGACUUCAUUCUGUCAAAGUAUCAGGAUGUUCAUUUUGUGAGGCGGAGCCACAGCUCUACUGCAGUGCUGCGACUUGCCCUGCAGGAGGCGACCAAGAGCUGCGACAUCUACAGUCUGAUCCAACUGUAUGCUCAGAGGAUGGAGCUGAGCCAGCCGCUGCACACACACAUACAGGAGAGAGGGGAGACUGCACUCCAUCUAGCCGUCCUAUUGUCUGACAGGACGUCGCUGCACAUCCUGGACUUCUUAGCUCAGAACUGCUCCAACGUGGACGUGCAGACAUCAGCAGGGAACACGGCGCUGCACUACAGCUGUCUGCACAACAAGAGCGACUGUGUGAGACUGCUGCUGAGAGCCAGGGCCAACACACACAUCAAGAACGAUGUUGGGGAGACCGCUCUGGAUGUGAGCCGCAGGUUGAAGCACGGCCACUGUGAGGCGCUGCUGCAGCAGGCCCAGUCCAACCAGUUUGACCAUCACGUCCACGUGGAGUACGAGUGGAGGCUUCGACAUGACGAUCUCUAUGAUAGCGACGAUGACUUUGACGAAAAGAAUGGUCCAGUGAAGAAGGAGCGCUCCAUCUCGUCCUCCUCCUUCUCCUUCACCCCCCGGCCCUUCAGCUUCAGUCAGUCCGUCUCCUCCUCCAUCCCCAUUCCCCCACCCUCAUCUGGAGGAGCAGGAGGAGCAGGGGGUCUGCUCAGUGUGGGGAGGAGGCUGGCCAUGGCUAUGGAGCUCCACAGCCGGCCCUCUGGCUGCGCCUCCAGUCCCCCUCCUCCUCCUCCGUCCUCCCCUGCACCGCCACUGCCCCCCAGGGUCAAAGCUCCAAACGUUCCUCCCCCUCCUCCUCCUGCUGGGGGGGACGGAGUUGGUGAGGAAGAGGAGGAAGAGGGGGAGGUCUUCUUCCGUUUGACAGGAAACAGAAAGUCAACGCCUCCCCCUCCCAUCGCCGUCCGACACAAGAGGAGCUGCUCCGAGUCCAGCAAGCACGAUUAUGGGUUGCCAACUAGUCCCAGGAUCUACAGCGGUCCAGACUCCUCCUUUAAGAAGUGUGUUCCAGCUUCUCCUCUCAGCUCGCUGACUGAACGACCAGAAAGAGGUUUUCGGAGAGCAGAUAGUGACGGUAGCUCCUCCCACUUCCUGCACCCUGUCAGAAAAGCCCCUCCCAACGGGUCUCCCACCAAUCACCGUUCUCAGAGCUUUGAAAAUGACAGCAGACGCCCCGCCCCCCAGCCACUUCCUCGCAGAUCAUUGCCUCGGGGUGCGACGAGCCGCCGGGUUGAGGCGCUGUACGACUGCCAGGCUGACCACCACGAUGAGCUGAGCUUCUCUGAGGGACAGGUGCUGGUGGUCCUGGGACAGGAGGACAGUGAUUGGUGGCAUGGUUACAUAGAGGAUGAACCGGACCAGAAGGGUUUGUUUCCGUCGUCCUUCGUCCAGCUUCUCUCAGACUGACAUGAACCUGGAUCGGUGCAGACCCUGGACCAGUACAGAUCCAGACCUCAUCAGUCAGCAUGGAGAACCAGAACCAAACCAGAUGAGUACUGAGUACGGUCCAGUCUCAGAUCAUGUUGUCCCUGCCUUUUCUUAAUGAAGAAUCUAGACCAGACUAGAUCUUUAUGUAGCUCGGGUCAUGUAAUAAUGUUGCCAUGGAGACUGCCUCGCACAAACCGAUCAGCAACCAUUGAAGUCUGAUGUUGACGAUACUUUUAUUUAUUUAUUUAUUUUUAAUUAUUAUUAUAUUUUAUUUAAAGCACAAAUACUUCACUUCAAAGUAGAACAAUCCACUUGACUUUUAUUUUGAAGUUUAACUUCAACUUUUUUCUAAUUUAAUUUUCUAAUGUUUGUAAUGUUAUUGAUCCUGUGGAGAUCCAUCAGCACUUCUGUCCCAUUUCAGGCUCCGCCUCCUUAGAGGGGCGGGGCUUACAAGGUCCAGCAAGUGACCAGAGGACAAUACUGAAGACCAAAGAAUAAAUUCAGAGGAGGUGGAGCCUGAAAUGGGACACAGCUGAUGCUUCCAGCUGCCUUCAAUGUCACAAGAUAUUACGAUGCCUCAGUGAGUAAGUACGGCAGCGAGUUACUGACACUAUUACAUAAUAUUUUGGCUCAGUUUCUCAUGAAAACGACACAUUAUUUUUAUUUUUUCCCAUUAUAACAAGAGAUUUGUUAUGAUAUGAUACAUUUUCUUAUCAGUACAUACCAAAUAAUUCUUUUACAUAACUUAUUAUUUUAUCUAAUAUGACAAACACUUUGGGGUUUUUUAUAACGUGUAUAACGGAGUUAAAUAUUUGACGGAGGUCAAGCAAGUAAUGUUUGUUAUAACAACGUGACGAGGAGUUUGAUAAAGUGAUUUGUGGUAAAAACAAAACGUUUCUUGUUGAAACGGAAUAAUUUGGUAUCUAGUGAUAACAAAACAUCAAAGUCAUAAUAACAUGACCUUAAACAACCUUAGACUGAAUUUUUUUUUUAUCAUGGUGGCAGCAUUACACUGCCAUGAGGAAGAACUUUUAAGGACCUCAAAUUUCUCAGCAGAAUGUUUCUCAUCUGGGUUUGAUUGUCAACAUUUACCUCCUAGCUUUUGAUAAAAAAAGAAAAGAAAAACUCA